AUGGCUUCCACACCCAGCGACGGCGCCAAUGGCUCUGCCCCCCAGCACAAGCAGCUCGAGCAGCUCCUCAACACGCCCGACCGACGGCCCUCGCCGCUGCCCACACAUCUGAGCGUCCCGGGCUCCUCAGGACACUCGACUCCCCGCAUUCUCCCCCAGGAAGGCUCGGGCGGCUCUGGAUAUGUCGCCCCCGUCUUCGAGGGCAAGGAGAAGCAGAUGGAGGCCGUCAUGGAUGGAGUCGAGGAGAGGGGAUUCAUGCCCCCCGAGCUCGUCGAGUCCGAGACCAAGUGGUUCUACAACGAGCUCGGCAUUGACGACAUGUACUUUGCUACCGAGACGGUGGACGCCAUCGUAAACCACAUCCACUCGCUCUACGCCGCAAAGGUCGCCGCUUACGCCAGAGACGACAAGCGCCUUGAGAUCCGCCUCGACAAGGAGGCCGCCGACCAUGCCGUCUACAUCGACACUAGCAGGCCCGGUGUGUCUGUCAUUGACGGUCCGCAGUACGAACAGCGCAUUGGCAAGAAGUACCUGGCCGCCUCAAAGCCCGGUCUUGCGUACCGUGUUGAGAGUUUCCGCUCCGAGAGCCCGCUCCCCGGAAGCGACGAGCAGCAACUUCGAUGCUACUUUGUCUACCAGUGCGACUUUGUAGACCCCAACCCCAGCGAGACGGAGACCAACCUCGACAAGAUUGGUGACAAGCGUUUCUUGCAAAAGGCCACGGCCAACACCAAGGCCAUUUACCAGCAGGUUCUCCAGGUCGCGGUAGAGCGUACUGGACCCGUCAUUGACCACUUUGACAUUGAAGGCUCGCGGGACAAGCGCCUGGUCGUUGGUUUCAAGCGUGGAAGCGCUCUUGGUCUCUUCAGCGCCCUGAGUGACUUGUACCACUACUACGGCCUGACGACGUCGCGAAAGUACGUCGAGCAGUUCUCCAACGGCUACACCGUCAUGUCCCUGUACUUGCGCCCGUUGCCCGGAGCUGCGGGCGCCAAGCACCCACCUAUUGAGGCCUCCAUCCACCAGAUCACCAAGGAGGUUUCGCUGCUCUACUGUCUCCCGCAGAACAAGUUCCAGACGCUCUUUGCCACUAGCAGGCUCAGUCUGCAAGAGACCAUUUACGCACACUGUGUAUGGGUCUUCAUUACCCACUUCCUCAACCGUCUGGGAAGCGAGUACACUGCCCUGUCAGCAAUCUUGGACCAAGAGAACAGCGUACACGCUGAGCUCUUGUCAAAGCUGAAGCGAAGGCUGCGUGCCGAGACGUUUACUGCCGACUACAUCUACGAGAUCAUCAUGAACUACCCUGAUCUCGUCCACACCCUGUACCUGCCCUUUGCAAAAACGCACUACGUCCAGACGCGCGGCCAGGACGAUGACUUCCUACCCACCCUGAGUUACCUCCGUCUGCAGGUCGACAGGGUCCAAACUGACGCCGAGCUGACCGACACCAUCAAUAAGGCUGUCGUCAACGACCACCACGAGAUGGUCAUGACGUCUUUCCGUGUCUUCAACAGCUCCGUCCUUAAGACCAACUUCUACACCCCCACCAAGGUGGCCAUCUCGUUCCGUCUGAACCCCAACUUCCUCCCACCUUCCGAGUACCCCCAGCCGCUGUACGGAAUGUUCCUCGUCAUCGGAUCAGAGUUCCGCGGUUUCCACCUGCGCUUCCGCGACAUUGCUCGUGGUGGUAUCCGCAUCGUCAAGUCAAGGAGCCAGGAGGCAUACUCUAUCAACGCACGCUCCAUGUUUGAUGAGAACUACAACCUCGCAAACACACAACAGCGAAAGAACAAGGACAUUCCCGAAGGUGGAUCCAAGGGUGUCGUGCUGCUCGACUUUAAGCACCAGGACAAGGCUCGGGGCGCUUUCGAGAAGUACAUUGACAGUAUUCUCGACCUUUUGCUUCCCCCUACCAGUCCUGGUAUCAAGGAUCCUAUUGUUGAUUUGCACGGCAAGGAGGAGAUUCUGUUCAUGGGUCCUGACGAGAACACGGCUGAUCUUGUCGAUUGGGCUACUGAGCAUGCUCGUGUCCGAGGUGCCCCAUGGUGGAAGUCGUUCUUCACUGGAAAGAGCCCCAAGUUGGGUGGUAUUCCUCACGACCGCUACGGCAUGACGACUCUUUCCGUACGCGAGUACGUCAAAGGAAUUUACCGCAAGCUCAACCUCGACCCCAGCAAGGUUAGGAAGAUGCAGACUGGCGGUCCUGAUGGUGACCUUGGAUCCAACGAGAUCUUGCUCAGCAACGAGAAGUACAUUGCCAUUAUCGAUGGUUCUGGUGUUCUCGUUGACCAAAAUGGUAUCAACCACGAUGAGCUGCUGCGCCUGGCAAGGGAGCGUAAGAUGAUCAACCACUUUGACGUCUCAAAACUCUCGCCCGAAGGCUACCGCGUUUUGGUUGACGACACCAACGUGCGACUGCCAAACGGAGACUUGGUCUACAACGGUACAACCUUCCGCAACACAUUCCAUCUCCGUAGCGACAUGCACUACGACACGUUUGUUCCCUGCGGUGGACGCCCCGAGUCGAUUGAUCUGUCUACUGCCAACAAGCUGAUUGUUGACGGCAAGUCUGUGAUUCCAUACAUUGUCGAGGGUGCAAACUUGUUCAUUACUCAAGACGCCAAGCUCCGUCUUGAAAAGGCGGGCUGCAUCUUGUACAAGGAUGCCUCGGCGAACAAGGGAGGUGUCACGUCGUCUUCGCUCGAGGUCCUUGCAUCUCUUUCAUUUGAUGACGAAGGCUUCAUCAAGCACAUGUGUGUCGGCGAGGAUGGCCAGGCCCCUGAAUUCUACAACAACUAUGUGCGCGAAGUCCAGAAGACUAUCCAGAACAACGCGCGUCUCGAAUUUGAGGCCAUCUGGAGGGAGCACCAGGCCACUGGUCAGCCACGAAGUGUUCUGAGCGACACGCUCAGUACUGCCAUUACCAAGCUUGAUGAGGAGCUUCAGAACACGGACUUGUGGAAGAACAUUCCAUUCCGGGAGUCGAUUCUCAAGGAGGCGCUGCCCAACAUUCUGCUGGAGAAGAUUGGUCUCAACAAGAUAAUGGAGAGGGUACCGGACAACUAUCUGCGUGCCAUCUUCGGCAGCUACCUUGCCAGCCGCUUUGUUUACGAAUACGGCGUCUCAUCGAGUCAAUUCGCAUUCUUCGACUUUAUGAGCAAGCGCAUUACCAAGGGCAAUGCUGCUCAUUGA